UAAGCCAGGGCUCUCAACCUCAACCGGCCGUCUCAAACUCAUCGUGUUCGAUACGCGUGUGUUUUUGUCGUUGGCCAGCACAAUGGCCCAAGAGGACAGCUCAUCGAUCUUCACCGCCGUCACAUACAAAGAACUGGACUACUACUUUGAGGCCGUCACUAGUUUGAAGGUGAGGAUGGAUUGCCUGGCCCUGCCCGUGCUAUAUGAUAUCAGCAGUGAUGUCUAUCCUCACACCGGUCACCUCGCUGGAGAUGCCUACAGGAAGCCAUGGAUCAGAGGAAGUGUUAUCUCAACCUGCAAGCUGUCGGUGAAUGUAUGUAUACUGGAUGACCCAAGAAGAAAGGAACAGCCAGUUCAUCUGCCUUUGGAAAGGUUAAGGAAUAAAGGAGAGCUGAUAGAUGUGGUACCAAGUUCAGAUCAAAACUCCCAGCAAGGUUUUGACCAGGACGCGUUAGCAAGACUCUUACAGGACUCAAACUGUUUCACACCAAGGCAAGAACGCUUUUACAAGAGCACAACUGACCUCAUGUCAGUCACAUAUAACAACAAGGAUCUCCUGCUAGAAGAGGUCCUGGGGCCUCUCGCUGUCUUGAAGAGUCACUUGCACACGCUGAAAGCCAAGCUAUCAAGUCUGAGUAGGAUUCAAGUAUCAGACCCUCUCCUCAACACAAGCAUACUCUCAGAGGAUUUCAUACUCAGGCAUUGUGCACCUUAUGAGAUCCCUCCUUAUGCAGACAAUAAAGAAUUUACAACCAGCUCACACGUACAUGAAGAGUUCCACACAGAGGCUGUGCUCAAUCAUGCUCCUUUUCUCUCCGUUUUGUAG